CUAGAAUGAGAUACAAAUAUCUAUAUUUAUAUAUAUGUGUGUUACUAUGAUGUGUACCGUGUGUAGUCCUCUCUGGAAACAGACCGUCCAGUGUGUGCGGCAAAGGUGUUGGGUGCACAGCGAAUUGGCGCCACGGUCCGUCGAGAAAAGAUAUAUAAAAACUAUAAAACAAUCAAGUAGAAUAAAUAUCGUCCACAAUAGUGUUUUCAUAUUAUAGUGCUAAAAUAAUAUAGUCAUAAUAUACCUAUAGUUAACGCGUCCGUCACGUUAAAUAUUAUUGUAUAUAUUUCAUAUACCUACCAGACCAACGUCUUGGCUCUUUUUUUUUCUUACAAUACAAGAUGAUAUAUUAAAAUGAUAGUCUUCUCUGCGGAGUACGUGCCCGAAAUCAAAUGGAACGUCACCGAGCCUAUCUACGGCGACGGCGAAGACGUUAAAAAUAAAUUACAUAGAGAAGCGCCGAAAUUGCAUAAGGAAAAACCGACAAAGGCCACGGACCGUACAGGCUCGGCUGGCUGUCGAUUGAUCACAGAGUACAUAAUAAAAUCUAUCGAUCAAAUGAUAGAACACAACCAAAUGUGUUUUGCCAUCCUCGAAAAACGGACCCGCCAACAAGACCUCGAAAUACAAGUACUGACAAACAUCUUGCGAAACUUGUACGGCGACGGCAAAUGUCCUAGGUCAUCUUGACAACCCAAUUCCUAAAAUACAAUUACUUUUAUUGUUAUCAUCUUUUUGUUGAAAAAAAAACCCCUUAAUGUCAAAAAGCAGUUAUUUUUAACUAUUGAAUUGCCUUUUUUUGUCUGUCAUUACGUAAUUGAAAUCUAACCUGUUAAUCCAUACAAUGUUUGGUAUGUUUAACAAACACUGCUAAAAUAGUUGGUCGUUGUAGUCUUUCUUAACUAUUGACCAUUUACUCUUAACUUUAGAGGCUGAAAUAGUUGUGGAACGAUAUUGUAGAAUAUAAUCCAACUUCAACAAUAAAUAAUAAAAAAACACAAUCUAAUUUUAGUAUUUA